AUGGAUAAGGACAGUCCUGACAUAUCUGACCGAUUUGACCGGUGCCCGAAGUCGCUCCUAUGUGAAGCGAGGAAAACACAAGAGGCAGCAGUGAAUGGUUGGUUCCUGUUUGGCGGCAGGCACGUCACAUCUAUUCCUGCCAAUGUUAUAUUUCUCACACUGAUUUGUAGAACGGAACACUGGAAACGCGCAGCCGAGCCAUACGUCCGAGCAGCAAACGGAUUUCGAUUGCGACAAAAAUACAUCGAAGCAGGCAAGGCUUUCGAGCAAAGUGCCAAUAUACAGAGACUGAAGUUGAACAAGCCCACAGAUGCUGCAAAUACCUUAGUAGAAGCAUUCCAGUGCUAUCGUAGGCAUAAACCUGAAGAUGCAGUACAUUGCCUUGGCCUUGCUAUCCAGCAGUUCGCUAGGUCUGGACUCAUAAAACGCGCAGCAACUUGCCAACAAAUGAUGGCCGAAUGCUACGAGCUGGAAUUGCGUGAACCUCAAAAAGCUAUAGAAGCUUAUGAGCUUGUGAUUGAUUGGUUUAAGAGAGGCAACGCCGAUGCGCAAGUUUAACCGUCAUAACUGUCCAGGGAAAAUCUCUGGUGAAGACAAGCACUGAUGACCUGAAAGACUCGCGAGUCAAUCGUACAGAAAGAUUGGCGAGCUGGCGUGUACCUUGAGAACUGGCCUAAAGCCAUCUCAAGUUUCGAACUCGUCGUAUCAAAGAAAACUUGGUUAGUAAAAGAGUGCCUGUUUAAAGCUGGCUUGGCACAUCUUGCUUUAAUGAAUUUGGCUUCGUUUGACAGAUGGGUUCAACGCUACUGUGAUAUGGAAGUCACGUUCUCCAAGUCCAAAGAAUAUCUUCUGCUUCUCGAUCUCGGAAACGCUGUUAAGAAGCAAGACUGCAGGAAGUAUUGGGAAAUAUGUAGGCGAUACCAUGACGUGAAU